AUGUUGAAGGUCAUCCCCAUUAUCGCUAGCGUAGUCGCUACGGCGAUCGGAUACAGUGUUGGAACAGGAUACAACAUUAUCACCAAGCACGCGUCCCAGUAUUACGGAAGCGGAGAAAACAUUGGUAAUUCCGGUUAUGGAUCUACGGGCUUUGCUGGCCGGGGCAAUUUGGGAUACUCCGGCGGUGGCAAUAUAGGUUAUUCCGGUAACGGUAACUUGGCUGGUGGUUCCAAGUACGACGGUUACGAUGAGAUUGGCCACAAAGACUAUUACACUUACCCAAAGUACAAAUUCAACUACGGAGUGCAGGACUCUCACACCGGUGAUCACAAAAGUCAGUGGGAAAUUCGUGAUGGCGAUGUGGUAAAAGGAGGAUACAGUUUGUAUGAACCCGAUGGCACGAAGCGAGUUGUAGAAUAUACCUCCGACAAGAUUCACGGUUUCAACGCUGUCGUGAAAAAAAUCGGACACGCACAUCACCCACAACUUUAUGGCACGGCCGACGGGAUCUCCGGAGGAGGCUACGAUGGGCAUCAUGAGGACAGCUACAGUUACAACAACGUUAACUAA